CCUUCUUCCACCCAGUUGUCAAAACAUAAACAGACAGCUACGGGAGUGGGAGUCAAACCUAAAGAAGUUUGGGAGUCAAACAAUCCACCCCGGUGGUGUGCAGCUAAGUUCAGCAAUAGGUUCUUCUUCAAGCGUUUGGAGAGCAUCUUGGAGAACAGCCAUGGAAGCUCAGCUGAAGAAGGAGCUGGGAGCAUCCAUGCUGAAGUCAACUGGCCAUUCUGGAGGUGGUUGUAUCAGCCAGGGACAGAGCUUUGAUACUGACCACGGGAGAGUGUUUGUCAAGAUCAACCACAAGAGUCAGGCGAAGCGUAUGUUUGAUGGGGAGCUGGCUAGCUUGGAAGCCAUCGUCAUGACAGACACAGUGAAGGUCCCCAAGCCUGUCAAGGUGAUAGAGCUGGAUACAGGAGGGGCUGUGUUCGUCAUGGAACAUGUUGACAUGAGGGGUCUCAGCAGGCACUCUAAGCAGCUGGGAGAGCUUCUGGCUGAUCUGCACCUACACAACCAGAGACACAGGGACAGACAGAAUAAGGAACAGCAGACAGUUGGAAAAGGACCUGAUGUUCCUGUCAUUGACCAGUUUGGGUUCCAUGUCCCCACAUGCUGUGGAUACCUCCCUCAGGAGAACGAGUGGCAGAGUGACUGGGUAACAUUCUACUCCCAGCACAGACUACAGCACCAACUCAACAUGGUGGAGACGUCUUAUGGAGACAGGGAGGCCAGGGAACUAUGGUCCCAGCUACAGCUGAAGAUCCCUCAGCUAUUUACCGACAUCGAGGUGUUCCCCGCCCUGCUUCACGGGGACCUGUGGGGGGGAAACGUGGCAGAGUGUUCCGACGGCCCUGUCAUUUUCGACCCCGCCUCCUUCUAUGGCCACGCUGAGUACGAGCUGGGCAUCGCCGGGAUGUUCGGAGGUUUCAGUGACUCCUUCUACUCUGGGUACCACAACAAGAUCCCCAAGGCCCCGGGGUUUGAUAAGAGGAAUCAGCUGUACCAACUCUUCCACUAUCUGAACCACUGGAAUCACUUUGGUGGAGGAUACAGAGGGUCCUCACUGAGGAUCAUGAAGGAUCUGGUCAAAUACUGACCACUGAUCAUCGCUGUACAGUAGCAUGAUGUACAACUACACUACCCAUAAUGCUCUGUAACAUAAACACACCAACGACACUGACCAGCUUGAAGGACCUUACAAAGUAUUACACUGCAGCUUAGUCUUCCAUCCAGAAGGGAACAAAUCCAUUUUUGGGUGAAAAUAUUAGUUCUUUCGAAAACCUUUUAACUCAAAAAGAAAGAAACAAGAAAACAAUGAUGCUAUGGUAUAGAAGAGAGAUACUAUAUUCCUAUUUAUCUUGAAAUGCUUGAGAAAUAUAUCAUUUUUGAGUUCACAUUCCACAGCUGUUUGAAAGCAUAAGUGUGAUUUUAAUGCUACAGUGUAAGACUAAACAUAGAGUAUUGCACAUCCAUUUGCUUAAAUAAGAAACAUAGCAGCAAGCAAGGUUAUGAUCUGUUUGAGUUGUAAUAAUUAGCUUUGUUAAAAGCUGUGUUAAUACUAAUAAUGCAAUGCUAAAUAAAGUACAUUACUUGCUUC